UGUGCAAGAGCUUUUAAAAUGAAUUGAGACUGAAGCUGUUCCAGAAACUCAUCAUGUGUGUGAGCACCAGUUCUUUUCGAGUUGAUUGAUUUCCGUGUGCUGCUGUUGUGUGCGUCAUAGUCAGAAAUGUGAUCGUUGAGAUUUGGCGACCACAUUCUAAUUGUGGACGACACGUGAAAAUAUAUUCUUCACAGCGUCAAACGGAAUGGCAACUAUUUGGGUACUUCGCCUUUAAGAGCUCCCCGGCUGAUGUGUGACGUUUUCCAUGAUUUUCGUCGGCCCCGGAUAGAUGGUAUCCAACGCUUCCUAAUCUGGAUCAUUUUAACCUGGAAGUUCAAUUUUAACUAUGAGGACUACUGUGAAUUUACAAGAUCAAUGGAUGUGUCAAUAGGCACUUCAGGAACCUUACAUAACGUCUGAAGUGCGCGCUUGCACUGGACCGACGGAGCUUUUAUAGAGCUUGUGAUCAAAACAAACAGCUGAAUCUUGACAGUGAAAGCCGUUAGAUGCCAUAAUGACUUGAUGGCCCUGAGAUGAUCCAAUCAGACGAUAUUUAAUCUAUCUUUCCUACUCGUGUCAGAAGGCCGUCUGCGGACUGUCUCGCGCCUCUCCCGGGGGCUAAACACGCAGGCCUGUCCGGCGGCAGCUGCACAGAUGCCCGGUGGAAGAUGGGAACGUCGCAACAGCUAGAUAUGGAGGUGAUGACCCCUCUGAUUGAGGCUCUGGGUGAGGGUGCGGAUGAGAACACGGAUGAGGACCAGGACCCAGAGCUGCUGUCUCUCCGACAGUACGAACCGGGCAGCGAGGAGGGCAUCACGUUCAGCCAAGCGCUCAUCCACCUUCUGAAGGGCAACAUUGGGACUGGUCUGCUGGGCCUUCCUCUGGCUGUGCGCAAUGCAGGCAUCAUUGUGGGGCCCAUUUGCCUUCUGUUGAUGGGUGUGGUCUGCGUUCACUGUAUGCACAUCCUGGUCCACUGCAGUCACCAUCUGUGUGAGAGGUUGAAGAGGCCUUCCAUGAGUUACAGUGACACUGUGGCCUUUGCCAUGGAGCACAGCUCCUACCAGUGCUUCAGGAAGACGGCCAACAUUGGCAGGCAUGUAGUGAACUUCUUCCUGGUGCUGACCCAGCUGGGCUUCUGUAGUGCAUACUUCGUGUUCCUGGCUGAGAACAUAAAGCAGGUGGUGGAGGGUAACCAUGGAAAUUUCAGCCAGGAGGACAACGUCCUUCUACCGUUGGCCAACGUGUCGUCUAGCGCCACGGCGAUGCCAGUGUUGGGCCCUCCCGCUGCCACGGUAACGGGUGUGGCUUGGGACCUGGACCUGCGGCUCUAUAUGCUCUUCAUCCUCCCCUUCCUCAUCCUCCUGGUGUUCAUGAAGAACCUGAAGAACAUGGCCGUGCUCUCCUUCCUGGCCAACAUCUGCAUGGCGGUCAGCGUGGUCAUCAUCUUCCAGAACAUCAUGACGGAUUUCAACAUGGUUCAGCAGAUUCCCCUCACCUCCCCUGUGGGAAAGUUUCCUUUCUUCUUUGGAACAGCCAUCUUUGCGUUUGAGGGGAUUGGAGUGGUUCUACCCCUGGAGAACCAGAUGAAGGAUCCAAAGAGGUUCCCUGUGGCCCUCAAUAUUGGGAUGGGGGUGGUGACCGUCCUCUACGUUGUCCUGGCAACGCUGGGUUACCUCCAUUUUGGUGACGAGAUCAAAGGGAGCAUAACCCUGAACCUUCCUCAUAACUCCUGGGCCAACCAGAUGGUGAAGAUCCUGUAUUCUUUCGGUGUGUUCAUCAGCUUCUCCAUCCAGUUCUUCGUCCCUGCGGAGAUCCUGGUCCCCUCGGCCCGCGCCCGCCUGCCGGAGGCGUGGAGGAUCCCUGGGGAGAUGCUGCUGCGAGGCCUGCUGGUCUGCGUCACCUUCUCCUGGGCAGUCCUCAUCCCCAAGCUGGACCUGGUCAUCUCCCUGGUGGGAGCGGUAAGCAGCAGUGCCCUGGCGCUGGUCUUCCCUCCGCUAGUGGAGCUCAUCACCUUCUCAGAGCGGCGGCGGCCGGCCAUGCUGCUGAAGGACCUGCUCAUCGCCUCGGUCGGCUUCGUCGGCUUCCUGGCCGGCACCUACGUCACGCUGGCGGAGAUCAUCUCACCGGAGGUCGUCACGGCAACGCACAAUCAGACCGGCAGCUCCUUGCCGACUGCCGGCCAGAGCUGGACCACUCCUGCUGGGGUGACCUUGGGGUGACCUCCUCUAAUGAUCUUUGUGUGACCUCACCUGGUCUCCAGCAGGGACACCUGUCUGAACGGCCUUCUCCAGGUUGCUGCUGUGACUGGAUGAAGGUCAUGACCCUUGAACAGGCACCUCUCCUACAACAGACAUGUUGGACCAAACAUACAUUAAAGCUAUUUACCUACUGAAGUAACAUACCACACUCUAGCACCAGAGAAACCCAGAUCCCGUCUAGCUUGGCAUAGCCGAGUCCUAAGCUAGUACAGGCUAACAUCCUCCACGCCCAGCCUUCUUCCAACCCCAUCACCAUCAGCACUGUUCUGCAGGCUACACAGUUCACCCUAACGCCUCGCUCCCCCCCCCCUUCCACCCCAGGAGGCAGUGACCUUGACCCAUUGACCUUGACCCUGGUCAUGCCAGUCAAGUUGUUCUCAGGACCCCUUCAUACAGCACUACACAAGGCACAUCUCACAAGCCUGGUGAGAGACCAGGACCUCACUCCCCCCUGAGAGAACCAGGACCAACAUAGCUCCCCCCUGAGAGAACCAGGACCAACAUAGCUCCCCCCUGAGAGAACCAGGACCAACAUAGCUCCCCCUGAGAGAACCAGGAACAUCAUAGCUCCCCCUGAGAGAACCAGGACCAACAUAGCUCCCCCCUGAGAGAACCAGGACCAACAUAGCUCCCCCUGAGAGAACCAGGAACAUCAUAGCUCCCCCUGAGAGAACCAGGACCAACAUAGCUCCCCCCUGAGAGAACCAGGACCAUCAUAGCUCCCCCUGAGAGAACCAGGACCAUCAUAGCUCCCCCUGAGAGAACCAGGACCAUCAUAGCUCCCCCUGAGAGAACCAGGAACAUCAUAGCUCCCCCUGAGAGAACCAGGACCAACAUAGCUCCCCCCUGAGAGAACCAGGACCAUCAUAGCUCCCCCUGAGAGAACCAGGAACAUCAUAGCUCCCCCUGAGAGAACCAGGACCAACAUAGCUCCCCCUGAGAGAACCAGGAACAUCAUAGCUCCCCUUGAGAGAACCAGGACCAACAUAGCUCCCCUUGAGAGAACCAGGACCAUCAUAGCUCCCCCUGAGAGAACCAGGAAAAAACAUAGCUCCAGCCUUGGAUAUUCCAUGAUUCCCAAAGCUUCUGUACAACGCAAAUGUAUUUAUAGCUCAGAAAUCUUGUUUAACACUGAAAAGAGUGACUCCUGAGUUGCAAAACAAAGAUGACUAACGUUUGUACCUGAGGGAGUUAACCAACGAUGACCAAGUUGGUUCAAGGCGAAGUCAGGAAGUUGAUAUUGGUUGACAGGAUGGACUGUGGCUCAUCCCUCCGUCAGCCAUGUUUUUUCUGCUGUGUGACAUGUGAUAUGGUGGAUCAACGUGUGAUUGGACCAGGAAACGUUGUCGUCAUCAUGUGCUUGUUAUAGUUUGUGUGUAUCACAUGUUUUCAGUGACUGAAUCAACAGCACUCCCCUUAAUGUCUCAGUGGUAGGAAGGCUGUGUGUCUGAGUGUUUCGUCCCUGCGCUCGGUGGCUCCAUCCAAGUGAACACACUGGGACGAGGGCACUCACACACAUUUCUAUGCUUCAUUUUGCUGCCUUUCUUUCAGAAUGCAUCGGACGUGAUUCUGUCAAAGCUUCAAGUGUGCAGUUUGUCCCAAAGGAAAUGUAUGGUACUGAAUACGUAUGAGGGUUUAUGCAGUCCUGUACUCACUAUACUGAGCACAGGACAUGAAGAGUUAGUAACAACAUUUAAACCUCAUUCACCCUUCUGUCGGAUGUAUGAAUGGAUACUCUUACGUCAACAACCCAGUUAAAGUUUUCAUUACGUCUGAUGUGUGGCGGUGCAGUACUGAGGUGUGGCUGCUCUCAGUGAGCAGAGAUGAGCUAGUUUGUCUCUCUGAAGGAAGCCCUCAGCAACCUUGUUGUUAUAAAACUCCAUCCUUGCCGGGGUGAGAGAGAGAAGGAGAGAGAGGAGAGAGAAACACUACAGUAACUCUGAUGCCUUGCUUCCCUGCUACAAAGCUGCUUUCUCCAGAGGUGGAACACUUUGUAUGAAUCUGAAACAACCUGCCGCCGCUCACAGCUUGUUUACUUUAUUGUUUUUGUUUGUGCCUUAAAGACGUCUCUCCAUCUAUUAAGACGUGUCUUCAUCCAGGCUGGUGGAGGAAACUUGUCCUGCUGGAGCAGGGAGUCUCCUGAGCGUGCGAGUGUCUCCUGUGCAGGUCUAUGACCAGCCAGCAGGGCGAAGAUUGAACACUUAACUUCCUGGAAGUUCCGUAGAACGUUCAGUUUUGACAUAUUUUCUUUUUACUCCCAAGCUUGUCAAGUAACCAUAGUUUUGAUCCUUUGCGGAGGGUAAUGUUUGUUUCUGUACUUGAAACCAGGGUGGGUUCCUGUCCUGGUCUCUGACGUGUCACAUGUCCCACUGCCAUGAAAUGUAACCAACAGAACGAAGGUUUAAUAAACUAAUAUCUGUUGUAAAGACA